AUGAGCAGCUCAAUACACGCACAACUAUUUGAAACGGCCAAAGCGCGUCCAGUCGCGGCGACUCUCAUAUCGAUAACGGCGGGUCUGAUCACCCUCUUCCUCAUCAUCCGCGAAAUAUUCACCCCAGUUGGAAAACGCCGCCCACCGCCAGGCAAGAAAUGGCAUCUCCCGCCUGGGCCUCGUGGAAUCCCAAUAUUCGGCAACCUGCUGCUCCUGCGCGACGGCCGAGAUGACCCAGACCACCAAAUAAACAAUGACCUGGCCAAGUACGGCGAAAUGACUACCCUUCACCUCGGCUCCAAGACCUGGAUCUUCCUCAACAGCAAGCGCGUCGUCGCAGAAAUCAUCGCGAAGCGCGGGAAUCUCACCAACGGCCGGAGCCCCAUGCCCAUCGCCAGCGGAAUCGUCAGCCGGAACAGCCGCUCGCUCCUGCUCCCUCCCUCGGGGUGGACGGAGAAGCGCCGGGUCAUGCACUCGCUCCUCAGCGGGACCGCGCUGAAGCAGUAUGGCUCGUGGCAGGAGCUUGAAAGCACGCAGAUGCUGGCGGAGUAUCUGUUCCAGCCGGAGCGGUGGUACCGGCAUCAUUAUCGGUACGCGAACUCGGUCGUGCAUCGCAUUGCCCUCGGGGAGCGGCUGGUGAAGAGCGGGGAGGAGCUUGCCGAUUUACAGGAUGUGGUUACCAAGUUUGUGGGGAGCAUUGGGAGUAGUCUGGUCGACUGGUUUCCGGAACUGGAUCGGCUCCCGCGCGUUCUACAGCCCUGGCGAAAGCACUGGGAGAGGCUGGGUGAUUGGAACGAGGAGGUGUACAAGUCGUGGUGGAUUCCCGUGAGGGAGAAGGUCGAGCAGGGGACUGCGCCGCCCUCGUGGGUCCGUGAUGUGCUUCUGCAUCCGGACACCAAGUUUACGGGCGACGACCGCGAGGCCAUGUAUGUUGCCAUGCAGCUGCUCGAGGCGGGGUCCGAUACGACACGAGAGGUGUUGAACAUCUUCGCAAUGGCCGCCCUGCGCCACCCGGACAAGUUCACAAAAGCGAGGGAAGAGGUGGACCGCAUCUGUGGGGGGACAGACACCGCGCGUCUUCCAGGGAUCGACGACCUCGAGCAGAUGCCCUACAUUUGCGCGAUGAUCAAGGAACUUCUCCGCUGGAGGCCGAUCUUCCCCUUUACGCCGGACCACGUGCUGACCUCGGACAUGGAGUUCGAAGGCUACCACUUCCCGGCGGGCGUUGGCUUUGUGAUCAAUGAGGUCCCCGUGUGCAACGAGUGCGAGGAUCCGGAAGAGUUCAAGCCCGAACGAUGGCUUGAUGGCCAUGAAACGGACCCGGCGCAUGGGCUGUGGCAGUUUGGUGGCGGGCGUCGGAUAUGCGUAGGGUACAGACUGGCAUUCAGGGGGCUGUUCAUCAACGUGGCACGUUUAGUGUUUUGCUACGACUACGCACCGGCUGGGCCAUACAACUCGAGGCGGUUGAAUCACCACAAGACCGACGAACCCUUCCCAGUCAAAGUGACCCCGAGAAGUGAGCAGCACAUCAGGAUGAUCCUAGAUGAAGGCGCUCGAUUCGAGGUGUUGGAGGAUGCGAAACGACGAGUGUAGGGAACGGCAGGAUCAUAGCUAGUGCAAAGUGUAGAGUAGUCUACUGCUUGAAACAGUCUAUCACAAAGUCGGUAAUCACAUCUGUCGUCUCACUCGCAGGCCUUCCAGCCGCAAAGUCCAUCAAUGGUCCAUCGUGGGCCUCAUUGGCCAUAUGCAGAGCGACGUUUCCUGUGCUCUUCCUCUUCAACAUGGCACCUAAUUGUUGAACAUGGUCGCUAAAGACCUCUUCAUAGCCACCAGUGACGAGGAUAUUAUCUACCGCCUUG